UAACAGGUAUCGCUAUGUGAGUGGACUGGACUGUGAGGUGGUGACAGAGUAUACCCACCACCCUGGCCACUCUUGCCGAGCUCUGCAGUUCUCCAGUCGAGGAUCCACAUUGGAGGCGUACAUACAACCAUUCUUGCACACCCUCAGGAGAGGAAAAGGGCUGUACUCUGCUAGCAGUAAGAAUGGCUCACUGUAUGUUACAGACACUGAGACUGGGACACUGACCUCUGACAUCAAGAAGGCUCACUGCACCCCACUCUACAGUCUGUACAGUAUCUCAGAGAGACUGUUAGCCUCUGGAGAUGAAUCAGGAGGAGUCAAGGUGUGGGACUCUCGAGUGUGGAAGUGUGUGAUGUCAGUUCGUGAGUCCAAGGACUUCAUUCAGACAUGACGUGUAAUGAUGACUCCACCACCCUGCUAGCUACCAGUGUGAUGGGACACUCUCGGCCUUGACCUCCGUCAGAAGUCAGAAGCAACUGGAGCAGAGGUCAGACCACUCAGAGAGUGGAGCUCCUGUCACAGGCCAUCGUUAAGGGAGGUCGUAAGGUGGUGUGUGGGGAUGGAGAGGGCUGCCUCCUGGUGUUCAACUGGGGUCUGUGGGGAGACAUCACUGAUAGAUUCCCUGGCCACCCUCAGUCCGUUGACUCUCUCCUUGCCACCAGUGACAGUGUGGUGUGCUCUGGAUGCAUGGACGGAACAAUCAGAGCAGUGCAGAUCCUACCAAACAAGGUGCUGACAGAGGUUGGAAGACACACAGACGGCUACCCCAUUGACUGCAUGAGACUCACUCAUGACAGGCAGUUCAUGGUCACCUCCUCUCAGGACCACUGCAAAUUCUGGCCCCUCUCUGACAUCCCGAAGUUUGCCCCGGAUACAAUUGGGACAGUCGUCGGUGAACGGGACGAUGAAGAAGAGGAGGUGGAAGAAGGAGGAGGGGGUAAGAGGAGAAAGAGGAAGAGCGGAGGGGGAGGAAGAGGAAACGAGAACUACUCCAGAGUGUAUCUGAUUCAAAACCUGCCGAUGAUUUUUUCAAUGAUCUGUUAUAAUCACUUUCAUCAUCUGUACAAUUCACAAUGACAAGUUUGACAUGAUGAGUUUGUCCACAAUGACG